AUGUCGGCGGCAUCGAGGUCGCCGUGCGCGGCGUGCAGGUUCUUGCGGCGGAAGUGCACGCCCGGCUGCGUGUUCGCGCCGUACUUCCCGCCGGACCAGCCGACGAAGUUCGCCAGCGUGCAUCGGGUGUUCGGGGCGAGCAACGUGGCGAAGCUGCUUGGCGAGCUCAGCCCGUGGCAGAGGGAGGACGCCGUGAACUCGCUGGCCUACGAGGCGGAGGCGCGGCUCCACGACCCCGUCUAUGGCUGCGUCGGUCACAUCUGCCUCCUCCAACACAAGCUCCACCAGGUGCAGAGCGACCUCUACAACGCCAGGAAGGAGCUCUCCGCCUACCUCAGCGCUCCCAUCGCCGAUCCCCACCACCAACAACCCCAAGCGGCAUCUCCAUCAUCCCACCAGCAGAUCUUGUUGCACGAGCUGCAACAGCAGAUGGCCGCGGUGCAGCAGAUUGCAGCCAACCGAGAGCGAGCGAAUCAGCAGGAGAUCUCAAGAUUCAGUACCGUGUUUCAGAUGGCUGGUGGCUCUACCAUGGCUGCCACCACGGGACUGCCGGCGUUGCUCCCCCCUCGGCCUUUCGAGGGAGUGUUCUCUCCGCAACAACAACAUAAUGAGAGGAAAUAA